AGAGAAACGGGCUGCUGGUGGCGAAGAUGGCGGAUGGGGACAGUGGCAGUGAGCGCGGUGGCAGCAGCGGCGGUGGAGGGGGAGGAGGCGGCGGGUUUCAGCACUACCAGCGGGAGCCGGAGACCCAGGAGCUGGCCUCGAAGCGGCUGGACAUUCAGAACAAACGCUUCUAUCUUGAUGUAAAGCAGAACGCCAAAGGCCGGUUCAUCAAAAUCGCCGAGGUCGGCGCCGGAGGCUCCAAAAGUCGGCUGACCCUCUCUAUGUCAGUUGCGGCAGAGUUCCGUGACUACCUGGGGGAUUUCAUAGAGCACUACGCCCAGCUGGGGCCUAGCACUCCGGAGCAGAUCGCUCAAUCAUCCGGUGGGGAUGACACCGGGCCUAGACGGGCCUUGAAGAGUGAGUUCCUGGUGCGGGAGAACCGAAAAUACUACCUCGACCUGAAGGAGAACCAGCGGGGUCGGUUUCUCCGGAUCCGGCAGACCGUAAACCGAGGCCCCGGUUUUGGAGUCGGAGUAGGUGGCAUCCCCGGUGCUGGCCUGCAGGCCGGACAAACCAUCGCACUCCCGGCCCAGGGCUUAAUAGAGUUUCGCGACGCCCUAGCCAAAUUAAUAGACGACUACGGGGGAGAUGAGGAGGAGCUGGCCGGCGGCGGAGGGGCCGGGGGCUACAGCGAGCUUCCGGAGGGCACCUCAAUCAUGGUGGACUCCAAGCGGUUCUUCUUUGACGUGGGAUCCAACAAGUACGGAGUUUUCUUACGGGUGAGCGAAGUGAAGCCCAGUUACAGAAACUCUAUUACAAUCCCGUUUAAGGCAUGGAGUAAGUUCGGGGGAGCGUUCAGCCGCUACGCCGAGGAAAUGAAAGAGAUCCAGGAGCGGCACAGGGAUAAGAUGUACGAGAGGAGAGCCGGAGAGGAGUCAGAGGGCGACGACGUGGACGACGAUUGAUGGAGAGCUGGCUACUAGUGAUGAAGCUGACAACAUGAUGCAAAGCCUGGAGAUAAACAGAGAAAGAGAGAGUGGAUCGACUAUUCUGUGCAUGACGAUUCGAACUUUAAAAUGCUAAAACAACGGAGUUACAUAAAGUAUAUUUGACUGCGAAAUUACUGUCUAUAUAAGAGAAUAAUGUUCUAAAGUGUAGGUGGAUGUUAUAGAUAAAUGAGUGCGGACUGCAGUAGUCAGCUCUUGUAUGAGAUUCCCCAUUGAUUAAAAAAAAUAAUAUAUAAAUAUAUAUCUAUAUAUAUCUAUAUAUAUAUUGAUUGUCCAUUUGAUAACCUCACGUAGCCCAACAAAUUAAGUUUGACAGUGCUCAAGACACAGCCGUAGGUACCCUGUCCCACUUCCUGGUUGAUAUCCAGUGGUAAGAGCUCACCUGGUGCUGACCUGUAGUCUGUUAGAUGAUGCUAGGGAAGUGUGAAACAUGUAACAAACUCAAACCAGCAGGUGCAGAGUGGGGGGGUCGAGACGGAGCACCUGCAUCACUCACCAUGGCUGUGUGUGUUUUGUCCAAGUGACCUGCAACGGGUUGCCCAGACACACCCACAACACCCAGAGCCACGGUCUCAACUAUCGGGGGCAUUCUUGGCAUUACAGGAUAUCCGCUCCCACUAAAGGUGAUCUGUUACAAGCACACAACUCAUUUGGAUUCUCUUGACAAAUCCAAAUGAGUCCAAAUGACCCUCCAUCCCCCUCUCUUCCCUCCCUCAUGGGCAUCCCUCAGGUGCUGACCUCGUGUUCCAAUCGCUGAUAUGUGUCGAGGCCCGCACACAUGCGGCUUGUGUCUCAGGACUGGCAAGUUUCAUCCAUAUUUUGGGGUAUAGCAGCAUCACCUGUGCCUGUGCAUCAUUCUCGAGAGGUUCUGGGUGCAGAUCUGGUCAGCCAGUUGCUGCAGUUGAGACGUCUGUGGCAACUGAUGAUGUCUCAUAUGAUGCAGGCCCAUGUGUGACCCCUGUGACCUUUCUGUCAGGGGCGAUGCAGUGAGCUCAGGUCUCCAGCACUGGUCACAAUUUCUGAGUUAAAGCUUAAUAUUGUCGGGCUUGAGCUAAAGUCUCAAGGGAAUUGACCUUGUCGACUUAUUUAGGGUGCACCAUUUGGAUCCUUUAAUCUUGAACUCAGACCAUUAAUGACUGAAGCAAUAUUCAGUCUGAUUGUAAGAAAUUAGGUGCUUUUGGAAAACAAAAACCCACAGUGGUGUGCUUUACCUAAAGAAAAAAAUAUAUAUACUGGAAGAGAUUUACUUACUAAAAGAUCAAGUAUAGAUAGAAUUAUUUUUCAAAAGAGAUAUAUUGCAAUAUGUCUUAGAAAUAUGAGACAUUUAUUAGAUAAUGCUGCCUAAAGUGGCUUAUUUAAAACACUAAACUUGGAUGCAACUGUCCAGGGUGAUAUUUCAUACCUGCUUUUUUCCUAACAUUUCUUUUAUUCCUUAGAGGAAAUUAAGAAGAGUACAACAAAUUGAUAACACAGUAUGUUAUAGCAAUUUCUAGAAAAACAACUUCAUUGAAGUAGUUUGUCAGCAAACACUCAGCACUCCAGUUCACUUUACCGAGCAUCAAGUUGUCCCCUCGUUUCAGUCCACCCGUUUUUAAUCAUGUUUUAUCAUAAAUUGGCUUUACAUCAGUUGCCAUAUGACGCAAACAUAAACAUCUGCAACCAUCAACAUUUUGUCUUUAGUGCUCCUUUUAAAAUAUGAUCAUUUUUGCAUGCCUGCUCUUUCGCGGAGCUGCCUUGUGUUCUUUUCUUUUGCAUACUCUGAUUGCUGUAUGAUGGUAUUUAUCCAUUUUUGAGAGCGGUUUUAAGUUUUAUUUCUGUAUUGCAAUGGAAAAAAGUUUAAAGUUUACUUCUCAGCCUAAUAAAAAAAAGCCACAAAGUUCCCAUGCUUUGGGGAAUGUCACUUUCAUUGUCCCACUUCCUUUGUAAACCUCUCGUUGAAUUUUACUUUACCCACUUCAACACAGCAGAGAAAGGCCAUAUGAAAAAAGAAACAUCUGGGAGCAAUAGUUUUUUUCUCUUUUCUAUUGAUAUAAUAUACUAUAUAUAAUAUUACACAUGAAAUUGAACUCUACAUCCUUCUUCCUGUACUGUGUUAUGUGAAAUGGCAGCUGUUUCAGUCAUGUGUGUUCUGCUGUAAUAUUCUACCAAGUUCCUUUCAACGAGAAAUAAAAAAAGACGUUUUUGCUCAGGA